GAGUUGUUCGAGGUCAACGGGUUGGAUCGAGGGAGCUGUUGCAGAUGACGCCGGACAAGGGACCUGAGGCGGGCAGUUAGCAAAACUAAGCCCGAUUAGGGAAAGUGCAAACAAAGCAGCACAUGCAUGUGGAUUUGUUGAUGUUACACCAGAUUCGAGGGGACCGCAAAAACAACAUCCAAACAGCAUUAGCCAAUUCAUACACCGACACGCCCUGGCGGCUGUCAUUCUCAUCCCGUCGCCCUUCUCUUUGCGCGCAAUUGGCCCAAUCCCGAAUACGACACAUCUUCGACACAAACAUGGCCGUCGGCGCAAUCGACGGUGCCUCGUCCAUCACUGUCGCCGUUCGCGUUCGACCUUUCACAAUCCGGGAAGCUGCUCAAUUGACCCGCGUCGAUGAUGGACCUCUGUUCUUGGGCGAUGGCUCGCUUGCCGCUGCGCCAGUCCAACGUCAUGCUGGCAAGGGCAUCCGAUCCGUCAUCAAGGUCAUGGAUGAGAAAUGCUUGAUAUUUGACCCGGAAGACUCGUCAACUCAAGGACGAUUGCGACCCGGCAUGGGAGGAAAGAGAACAAAAGACCAGCCUUUCACCUUCGACCGAGUCUUUGACGACAACACAACCCAAGCCGAAGUCUACGAAGCUACGACCAAGAACCUCCUCGACAGUGUCUUUGACGGCUACAACGCUACUGUCUUCGCCUACGGUGCCACAGGUUGCGGAAAGACACACACCAUCACAGGUACAGCGCAACAACCGGGUAUCAUCUUCCUGACCAUGCAAGAGAUGUUUGAGAGGAUUGGUGAGAUGCAAGAGGAGAAGCAGACCGAGGUCACUCUUUCGUACCUUGAAAUCUACAAUGAAACUAUCCGAGACUUGCUCAUCCCAGUGGGCGAGGUAACCAAACGAGGUCAAGGCUUGAUGCUGCGCGAAGAUGCCAACCAGGCUGUUUCAGUGGCAGGCCUCACCUCGCACCGCCCGCAAAACGUGAACGAAGUUAUGGACAUGCUCAUUCGAGGAAACGAGAAUCGAACUCAAUCACCCACCGAGGCCAACGCAACUUCUUCCAGAUCCCACGCCGUCUUGCAAAUCAACGUCGCCCAGAAAGAUCGCAAUGCCGGUCACUCCGAGCCUACCACUUUCGCAACCCUCUCCAUCAUCGAUUUGGCUGGAUCUGAAAGAGCUUCGGCAACAAAGAAUCGCGGUGAGCGCUUGCUCGAGGGUGCCAACAUUAACAAGUCUCUGCUGUCGCUCGGAUCAUGUAUCAAUGCCCUGUGCGACCCGCGCAAGAAGAACCAUGUGCCAUACCGCAACAGUAAACUCACCCGUCUUCUCAAGUUCAGUUUGGGCGGAAACUGCAGAACCGUCAUGAUCGUCUGUGUCAGUCCCAGCUCUGUACACUUUGACGAAACACAAAACACCCUUCGAUACGCCAACAGAGCCAAAAACAUCCAGACCAAAGCCGUGCGCAACGUCUAUAAUGUCGACCGCCAUGUCAAGGACUAUCUCAAGAAAAUCGACGAACAGAUGGCUCUCAUCAAGGAUCUACAAGCACAACACAAGGAGUUCGAGUCUCUCGCCUUCACGAAGUUCAAGAAGGUCGAUGACAAGAGGAGUGCACUUUUGAAGGAGUCUUUGGCCAGAAUCCGAGCAGCGUACGACCACUCAAGUGACGAGAGGAAAGAGCAUAUCAACAACAUGAAAAGAUUGCGACAAAUUGAGCGCAGAAUUGGUCUCAUCUCUGCCUGGAUCGGUAGUUUCGACCAGAUAUGUGAGAAUCGCGAGGAUGAAGAGCCCCCGAUCAGCCUAACUUCAAUGCGCAAAACUGCUGCAGGAAUUAUUGUCGAGCUCGAAGGUAGCAGACAGCACUACCACAAGCGUCUAGCCAAGGCGAAUUGGGAACGCUCUCUUGAUACUGCUCUUCAGAAUGGAAUUCGUCAGAUGCAAGAAGUCGAUACCUCAACAACCGCAACAUCGCCAGCAGUUGCAAGUCUCAAGCAGGAAGUUGAAGUGCUGAGAAGCAGAGCAGAAAGAGAAACACAAUCAGCUGUUCUUGAUCAAGAAAGAACUGGUGAUGCAGCAAUCGUACAGGUAUUGCUACAGGCACACUUCGAGACCAUUGCCAUCCUUGGUCAGAUCAUGCAAAUGGACGAGGAGGAAGCUGUGAAAGCAGCCAAGAAUGUUCUUGUAAAACUACUCAACUCAUGUACGGAAGCAACCUCACAAGUCAUCCGUCCAGACGGCGGGCUUGCCAUCAUCGAAGCAGUACCGCCAACGAAAUCUGGAACACCCAAGAAGAAGAAGGCUGUCAAUUUGGCCGGCCCUUCCCCGAUAAAAUCGAAAAUUCGCCCAAGUUUAAAUCCUCCGCAAUUCAGACAGUCUCCUAACUUGGGACCAUCUCCUGCAUCCCCUAGAAGAAGGAAGCUAGGAGCUGCUAGAAAGUCAGUAGCUUUUGGCGGAACACCAAAGAAGAAGUCUCCAGUCAAGACGACGAAACGUGGCGUGAGAUGGCGAGAUGAUACUGAAGAUGGUAAACUGGAAGAGUUCCAGCCUACUCCACCAGGGCUGGAUUCGUCGCUUAAUGAGCCUUCUCUUCCGGACCUGUCACAAUACGCUACAUCACAACCUCAAUCGAGCGACAACUCAGAUAACUUCGACUCCAGCCCGAUUCCUCCACCACCAGUGCCGUCAUCGGAGCUUCGCUCAAAGAACAGCCGUUUCCAAGCGGGUUUCCUCAAAAAGGCCGAUGGUUCGCCUGUGAUGCCAGCACUCUCCAGUCUUGCAACGGCAGCCUCAGAGAACCUAUCUCCUUUGCGCGAGAUUGAAGCUAACAGCGCGUCUCAACCGAAACGAUCGCCAAUCCCGAUCCGCCUACAAAAAGCCGCUGAAUUUGCAAGCGACGAACAUGUAGGCAGCAGUGCCUCUGACAACGACGAUCCCACGAGAUCAUUGCAAGACUCGGCACUACAAAUCCAGUCAGCAAUGCGCAGACGAGUAUCAUCUGGCUCGAUCAGACAUCGCAGACGCAGUCCAGCAGCACAAGCAAGCGGCUCACCCAACUCAGCCAACGAGAACAAUCUCUUCACCGCAAGCCACGCCCGUAGAAUGGUCAAGAGCGAAAAGGCCGAGGGAACUCACGUUCUGAGUCCUCGCUCAGCUCCUGUGGUAAAAAAUGCACCCAGCAUUUCCAACCUACGAACUGUGUCCCGGGAGAGCAACAUUGGCGGAAGUAUGCGUGUGGCUCCCAUACGUACGCAAAGCAUGGCUGCAAGGAAGGAUGUCCCCUCAGCCAAGACUGUCUGGAGGUAGUCCUGUAUCUUCAAGAUUCACAUUUCGUAUCUCUUUGUUGUUCCCUCAUGGCAUAUGGAUAUGGUGGAAGGCGUUUGGUUCGUUUGAGAGUAAAAAGAUCUGGUACUACAAAAUGCAUCUGGUACAUCAUGUUUGUUGUAAAGGUUGGCGUCUCUUUUUUCCCUUUUCUUUUGGAUGCUGUUGUGUCGACUACGUUUGUGUAACCCCUCUUGUCGGUUGCCCGAAGUCAAGACAUAUAGCGGCAUUAGCGACCCUCUUCUACUGCUACCGUGGCAUCGGAUGGUGUCAAUUAAAAUGUCAUGUUUGUCAAAUUCACCAGUGCACUCAAAUUCUGGGAUACCCGAAGUGAAGAUCCAUGAAAACCAAACUACCUGAUAGA